CAUUUUGUACACACGCAUUGUACACAUAUUACGUAUGCAUACAAACUGUAUACACGUACGUCCGUACACACGCCGUGUCGCCGCAUCAUAUCAACACAUAACAUUUUGUAGUGAAAUCGGGUAGCUGCGUUGAGAAAAUGUUCCCGAAAUAACUGGUUCUUCCUCCAAAAUCUCCUAGUUUUCCUGCUAGCGGAAAGAAGGGGAGCGAUCAUCGAGGAUCUAUUCUAACAGCCCGGUAGUCUCCCAACUCUUGGAUUUUUGUGUGCGUGCCGUGAUUUUGACGAGGAGAAAUAUGGCCGGGCUCGCGAGCUGGUGGUUCUUGGUCGGGGUCUUGGUAUUCACCGUGCACGGAGGUACAGAAGCCAAGUUCCGUCGCAGCGACAUCCAGAGCGAACCCUGGGCCGAGUUUCCGGUGCGUUUCACCCCGCUCGACAGCCAAUCGGUGCUCCUGUCCAAAAUGGCGUGGAACUCCAGCAGCGCCUUCCAGUCCGGACCCAAGCCCAGCCGGGGGACGCUCUACGCCGACCAGAUGGUGGGCAUCAUUGGUUCCCACUCCGGUGCGGUGGGCGCCGGCUACGGCCCGUUCGUUGUGGAGAGCAGCCUGGAGCGGCACGCCAACGAUUCCCAGUCGCUGGGCUACGAUGUCAUGGCCGAGCUGGCCACCCGGGAAUUCAUCUCGCCCCACAGCUCACGGAUCCAGGUCCUGUUCCUGUUGAAACCAAAGCAUCUGGGGCAAGGUGGACCUGGGACACUGCCUUGUCUGCGCGCAACAGCCCGGUACUCUGCAUCAGAGGCAACGGCUAGUUGUACACCAUCAAGCCGGUCCCUGUCCUGUUUAGCGCAGAUUGUCGUACCACCAGCAUGGUGGCAGGAUAAGGAAUCCACCAGCAUUCAGACGCUCACCGUAUCCUACUCCGUGCACUCCCCAUCAAGCUGCUCGCCGGGCGCCAGUGAUCCACCACUGUUCCCCGAGCGUAGUCUGGGCAACGUGCAGUUCCAGCAGCAUCAGGAAGUACUGACUACCGUCAAGGAAGACAAGAACAUCUGGCUGUACGUGCCGAAGACCGACAUAGCCAUUGGAGAGAGAUUUCAGAUUUCCGUGGCCAUUCAUCGGAACUUUACGGCUCUCGGCUGUGUCAUCAGGGCCAAAGCAAGGCGUGGCAUUCGCGUGAUUGACGUCCACCCAGCCAAUCAGAAUGCAUGGGACAUCUCAUACCGGGUCAAGCAAAGGGGCGGUUCCACCAUGGUGACUGUACUGAGGGGUGGAGCUACAGGUGCCCCGCCCACAGAACAGAGUGGAGCUUCAGUAGAUGUUCAAGCAUUCACCGUGGAGUUUGAGAUUGAGAACACAACGUCGAGCUCUCGUCUGGUCAACUGGCGCAUUGACUACGAGCAGGAGCAGCACACGACCACUGUCGUCACAACCAUACCGGUGGCCUCCACUUCUGGGCAGUCCAUUAUUCCUGUUGUUUGGGCGGAUGACGUCGUCAACACAGCCGUUCUGAACAGGCAGAGGGUGUCGCUACCCAUGAGCGUUGUCACGGUGACACAAUCGGGACAGGUGCAGAACAUAACGGCCUCUGCGCAGUGCACCAGUCUGGAUCCUGACGUUCUCAAGGUCAAGCAAGACUGCAGUGCAAUCUACGUGGACGGGACCGAAACGAGCGGCGCCCUCGGGAAGAAGAUUCGCGUGUCGUUCGCUGGGCGGGAGGUGUACAGGGCAUUCAAUGUCUGGUACCCUGAGUUCCCACUGGAGGUGGUGCUGUCUGAUCCCAAACUUAGCCUGAUCAGAGGCUGGAAGAUCCCGACUACUAAUGAUCGGUCCAGACGGGAUACUCAGCAAACCUUGGACUUGGGUGCGGAGACGCUAGGCCUCCUAGGGCCAGGCAACCUGCAGCCUGACACUGGGAGAGACAACACGGCCAAGGGGAAAUGUAAACUGAGAUAUCAACAAUCCAAGGUGGAUGUGUAUACCAGGUUCUACGCUCCGCAAGCUAAUACUGUUCCCCGCGUGACUGGGCACAGACAGUAUCUGUACGGAGACGACAUACGCCACCAAGUGACCCAUCACACCAGACACCAGCUACUCACUGUGGAUCCAACCAUUGCCCAUGUGGAAGGCACAAGGGUCACCGGUCUGGCAGAGGGCAUGACCCAAAUCCAGGUUGUUGGUCAAGAUGGGCAAGAAGUUCUUGGCGAAGCCACGAUCUCAGUGUCAGACAACAAAGUGGAAGUGAUUGAACUCCAUGUUGGUCUAGUCUCCGGACUCACCAUGCAGUCGGUGGCUCUGGGUCCAGAGAAUGGAGGCAGAGACAGGAGCCUGACUAGGGUCACCUCACACAAGGCUCUGUUUGCUGAGUUCCAGGAAGCUGUCAUGGAUGCUAGACUAGAGUUUGACGACGGUACAGAAGUGGCUUUACAAGACAUUGACACCAAGCAUUUUGAGGCCGUCAUCACCACCUUGAACCCAGAGAUGGUGGCUGAGAGCCCAGGGUCGACACCCCACCACCCGACGGUGAUUGCCAUCAAAGAGGGCUCCACCACCCUCAUGCUGGAAGUCGCGCUGCCGCUGGAAUGCCAGCGACGCAAACGCAACAGCGCUGUCGCAUUUGACGUCAUCCCCGUCAACGUGUCGUUCUCCAACCAGCCCAAGCAGUGGUGGCCGAACGGCAUGGAUGAGGAUGUUCUUGGAAGUGCAGAUAACGCAGGAGGACGGAUCAAGCUUACACCGGAAGCGGGUCUCGUGGAUUACGGCGUCAUCCGCGGGGAUUACGAUCCCAAUGAUAAGAGACCAAAGCACGGGGGAGGCGGGGGCGGAGGAACAAAAUCAGAAGGCGGGAUUAUAUCCAUCCCCAUCGACAUUCCGUUUCCUUACGACCCCAUCGACGAUACUGAUCAAGAAGCUGAUACCAUUGUGGAUGCCUCGGAUGAUGAAAACAGCGAUUAUCCAUACACGGAGGAAUCUCUAAGUCCCUUGGAGAUUGGCAUGUACGUCGUCUUGGGCAUCUUCUGUAUUGCCAUCUUAGCCUUCAUGAUCAACUGCGUUCUUUUCAUGGCGCGCUACCGCCGUUCCAAGAAGGUCCCGGAUCCCCUAGGAGGCACCUAUCCGCAAAACUGGGUCAUGUUUGGGACGGAGUUUGACGGGAGGACAUUACCAGUUUCACACCGUAACGAGGAGAGCAUCCCUAUGAGGGAUUUCCGUGAUGACAGUAACCACGGCGAUGGCGGCAGCCGGGGGGAGCACACUUGCACCGAGAGCGAGGUGAGCAUUGAGCGGCACAGCGUGGAAGAUGACGAACGUCAUGGAGGAUGCCCUGAGGAGGGAUCGCGAGACGGGAACAGAAUGGCUGCCAGCGAGGAUAGCGAGUCCCAAUGCCACCACGCCUCCUGCACUGACCUUGACGAACGCGGCUGUUGCGUCAUAGCCGAAGGCACAGAGACCGACCCGUUCAUUCCAUGCCAGUGUCAGUGCCAGUGUCACGAGGAAAACAGUGACAGCAUCAACAAUGACAGCACAGCUGAAGAGCAGGACAACGAAUCAGAGUGUGCCGACAACGAACGGACACCUUUAAACCGCCCAGACCGGUCCCCGGUUCAAAACGAUACGCCGUCAGCUGGGGCCUGUUGUGACCUCCCAAGUGGGGGGAGGGACACGGACGCACACAGCGACACACAGGGUGACACACCCAGUGACACUCACUCAGACUCGGAGCUGAGGAUAACGAUAAAUCCGGGGGAGGAGACCGAAUCUGUCAACAGCAGCUUGAAAUCACAGGAAGAUGGGGAGCUAGACCAAGCGUCAGAUUACCUUAAUAAUCAGCCUAGUACCUGCUGAUAGACAAGAGAUUAGUUUAUUUAAAAAAAAAAAACAGCCAAUCUCUGUGUUCAAUAUGUGAACACUUCACCAGUUGGGGCCAAUUUCACGGCGCUGCUUAAGCACAAAAAAGUCUGGC